CCGGUUCAUAUAAGUCCUUUCUAGGGCACGAAGCAGGUCACUUGGCGCGGCUUCACUCUCAAAUCCAUCCCCCUCUCUCUCUCUCUCUCUGGUUCAAUCCGGCGACGGCGGCCACAGGGAGAUUCACGGCGGCGGAAAGACCUCACCUCCGGCGGCACUUUGUUAUUCUUGAAGUGACAAUUUUAAAAAAACUUAUCAAAAUUUAGCUCGGGUUUUCAGUUUGUGCAUCCGCAACAAAAGAGAAUUAUGGCAAGUCACCUUGCUCAAGGGGGGCUAAUUAUUCAGGAUGAAAACAUCGACAUCCACCGCAAAAACCUUGUGGUGAAUGGAACAACCAAGAGUUCGAAACCAGCUUGCAAGAAAGGUGGCAUUGGGCUUGGAAGUCGUAAAGCUCUCAAUGACAUUACAAAUAAGUCAUCCGUUCAUCAUGAAGCAUUAUCAACGAAGAAGAGUUUACCAAAGGAGGAGUUUAACAUUGCCGAGGAAAUGUUUUUGCACGAUCAUAAGAAGUGCAUUGAGUCGCAGCUAAAAGCAAUGGAGCCUUGUUUCUUGGACACAGUUCUUCCUGGACAUGAUUCUGUUUCUCAUGUUGACUAUCCCAAGUCUAAACGAGCCAAGACUGAUCUUGAUAGCCUUUGCUUCUACCCAGAACCAGUGGAGUUGCCAAUGUCUGAGUUCUCUGAUUGGUCAGUGGUUUCAACUCGAAGGGACGACUCUCCUCAAUCUUCUCCAUUGCAAUUGGAUUCUCCACCUUACUCCCCAUUUGUGUGGGAACUAGAGCCUGUUGACUUUGUGUUGAAGGAAGAACAAGAUUGUUGAAUGUCUUUGUUGCUUAUUUGGCUUUGCUUAUACUACUUUGUAACUUAAAAACCACUGAUCUCACAAAUUCACUUCUCAUAUGAACAAUUGUAUAGAUUUUUUCUUCUCGUGAGGAAGUUUAAUUGAUUUGCUGUAUUUUGUGCA